AUGCGCGCCCUUCCCAGGUCUGAGCCCAACGCGUCCUGGUGGGCGCUGGCCAACGCCUCGCGCUGUGCAGGCUGUGGCGCCAACGCCUCGGACGGCCUCGCCCCUGCGACGUGGUCCGUGGACGCCUGGCUCGUGCCGCUCUUCUUCGGCGCGCUAAUGCUGCUGGGCCUGACAGGGAACUCGCUUGUCAUUUUCGUCAUCUGCCGCCACAGACAGAUGCGCACGGUGACCAACUUCUACAUAGCCAACCUGGCAGCCACGGACAUGACCUUCCUACUCUGCUGUGUUCCCUUCACUGCCCUACUCUACCCACUGCCUGCCUGGGUGCUGGGUGACUUCAUGUGCAAGUUUGUCAACUACAUUCAGCAGGUAUCGGUGCAGGCUACGUGCGCCACUCUGACCGCCAUGAGCGUGGACCGCUGGUACGUGACGGUGUUCCCUCUGCGCGCCCUGCACCGCCGCACGCCCCGCCUGGCGCUGUCCGUCAGCCUGGGCAUCUGGGCGGGCUCCGCUGCCGUGUCCGCUCCAGUGCUCGCCCUGCACCGCCUCUCGCCGGGGCCGCGAGCCUACUGCACCGAGGCGUUCCCCAGCCGCGCUCUCGAGCGCGCCUUUGCGCUCUACAACCUGCUGGCGCUCUACCUGCUGCCGCUGGUCGCCACCUGUGCCUGCUACGGGGCCAUGCUUCGCCACCUGGGCCGGGCAGCCUUGAACCUGUCCUCCAGACUAGGCUGGAUGUGA